CUGUUGGAGAAAGGGAGAUAUAUUUUAUGUUUUUAAACCAGGCGAAAGAAAAAAGAAGAAAAAUACAUGUUCACUUGUAAAUUACUAAAGAUAUUACUCUGUCAUCACACCAUAGAUUAGAAAAGAUUCAGAAUGUCAUGUCCUGUAACAAUAGAACUAAGUGGAGGAGCAGAACUUUUGUUUGAUAACCAGAAGAAACAUGAAGUGGUAUUACCCGAAAAUUCAAAUCCAUGGACUAUUAAAACACUUCUUCCAUGGGUUAGAGACAAUUUGCUGAAAGAAAGGCCAGAACUUUUUAUGCAAGGAGAAACUGUGCGCCCUGGUAUAUUGGUUCUAGUAAAUGAUGCAGAUUGGGAAUUAAUGGGGGAGUUGGAUUACAGUUUACAGCCAAAUGAUAGGAUCGUGUUUAUAUCUACAUUACAUGGAGGAUGAUUUUCUCAAUGACAGAUGAAUUUACUUAAUAAGAUUGCUAUAUUAGGUGUAUGGAAUGCUUUGGAAAUAUCCUAUGUUAGGAAUGAUUAGAAUAUGACACUCUAUUAUUUUACAUGGGAUUUGUAAGAAGCUACCAAGUAAAACAAUUUAGAUUCUUCUAAACAAUUUGUGAUAUAUAAUUAACCAAUAUCUGAAUUAAAAUUCGAA